AUGAAGUAUCUGUAUCAUGUCCUGAGGAAGCAGAGUAGCCUUCCUGAGGAGGCGCUAUACAUGAUCCGGUACCACAGCUUCUACCCAUGGCAUCGCAAGAAUGCGUACUCGCAUCUGAUGGACUCCGCAGAUCAGCGCGCCCUCGCUGCUGUCCUCGCCUUUAACCCGUAUGAUCUCUACAGCAAAAGCGACGAACCGGUAAACACUGAAAAGCUUCAGCCUUACUACGAAGGUCUGAUUAAGAAAUUCUUCCCGGCUGUUAUUGAGUGGUGA